AAACAUGGAAAUUGUAGGAGAUUACGAGUACAACAGUAAAGAAAUCAUCGGUCAUGGCGCGUUUGCGGUCGUUUUCAAGGGCCGCCACCGGGAGGCACAUAUUCCGGUGGCAAUUAAAAGCAUCACGAAGAAAAGCCUGGCCAAAUCGCAGAGUCUGCUCGGAAAGGAGAUAAAAAUCUUGAAGGAACUAAGUGCCCUAAAGCACAAGAAUGUGGUUAAACUACUAACCUGCACCGAAAAGGAUCAGAACGUGUUCCUGGUCAUGGAGUAUUGCAAUGGAGGAGAUUUAGCGGAUUAUCUUGCGGUAAAAGGAACUCUUAGCGAAGACACCAUUCGACUGUUCCUCGGUCAACUCGCGAAUGCAAUGAAGGCACUAUACCAAGCUGACGUUGUGCAUCGGGACUUGAAGCCGCAAAACAUACUGCUCUCGCAUAAUUGCGGAAAGGGUACACCGACACCAUCGAAAAUUACGCUUAAAAUAGCCGAUUUUGGGUUCGCCCGGUUUCUACAGGAUGGAAAUAUGGCAGCAACCUUAUGCGGCUCGCCGAUGUAUAUGGCUCCCGAAGUGAUUAUGUCACUGCAGUACGAUGCCAAAGCAGACCUCUGGUCCCUUGGCACCAUCGUGUUUCAGUGUCUGACCGGAAAGGCACCAUUCCAGGCCCACACGCCUCAAGAGCUGAAAAUGUUUUAUGAAAGGAACGCCAAUCUCAUCCCAAAGAUUCCACCUGGUACUUCCAACGAGCUAAUAGACUUGCUCAUGGGGUUGUUGCGACGCAAUGCAAAGGAACGUAUGAACUUUGACACCUUCUUCAACCAUGCCUUCCUGCAGCGAGCCCUAACGCCGCAAGGUGGUCAAAAUGAUCUGACUCAACUACCAGGACCCAAUGCUACUGCAUUUACGGCUAUCGGCAAAAGCAACAGCCCACAUCAGAAGAUUGCACCGACUACACUGCAGCAGCAACAACAGAAAUUGCAUCAUCAGCAGAUGCAACCGCAUCAGCAACAGCCGACCCAGGCAAAGCCCCACGUUGAUCCAACGUAUUUGCAACAGCAACACCAAGCGCAGCUGCUGCAACAGCAACAACAGAAACAGCAGCAUCAACAACAUCAGCAGCAAAUACAACACCAGAAACAAUUGCACGAAUUUGCUAAGAAGCAAACGGUCGAAAAUAAUAACGUGCCGAUCGCUGAGAUUGAUGAUAGUGUGGCAACGAUUAGUGGAAACAAUACGUCAAACAGUAGUCCCGAGGAAUCGGAUGAUUUUGUCUUAGUACCGAAUAAUAUUCCGGUCGAUCCCAGCCACGGCGGCAGCUAUGACAAAAGCAAACCAACGCGAGUGCCUCAACCAAUGUCGCAAGCUCAGGCGAGCCCGCCUCGACCCAGCACACUACCGAUCUCAGAACCGAAACCCGUCCCUACGGCUGCUAGAAAAGUGUCUCGUCCUCAGGCGCAAACACCUCCAAAGAACAAUUCAAUACCUCGAUCGGAGCCGAUUAAUAUGAAACGAUCGGAGCAUCGAGGUAGCAACUGUGAUAUCAGGUCGAUUUCACCACCGGCAGUGCAGUUCGCUAUCGGGACUCCACCCUCUUGCGGUCGUCGAAGAUCAACCUCAGGUGGAUCCUUGUCGGAAACGCCACCACCACCGAGCUGCUGGACGGUGAGUCCCGGCUCUCAUCAGUCGCCGCUACGUCGGUCGGGAACCAGCUCACCCGUGCUGAACAAUGCACUUUCCAAGCUGCCCGCAUUGGGCAGCCCCACCACACUGAUGGCUGGGCUGGAAAACAACAACCAUCACCAUAAUGCUCUCCCGCUAACAGCACGAGCAUUCACACUACCUGAAUUAGGCAACGCAGGAGGGCUGCAAAGCUUCCUGGAUGAUCACACCAUCGAUGAUCAUCCGAUCAAUUUCCAUGCUCCGGAGCUGCAUGCGGAAACGCUACUGGAUAGAGAUCAUAACGAAACGUUGGCGAAGUUGAACUUUGUUGUUGCGCUGACGGACUGCAUCCUUGAUGUGGCCGAUUCGCGCUGUGCUCCACUAUCCUCCAUGAUGUUGGCCGAUGCACAACCGGUACCACCUCAUCAACCGGAACAUUGCAAGCGAGCUGAACGGUUGGUUUUGCUAGUGCGAGCGCUCCAGCUGCUGUCCGCGGGAAUGAACCUGGCCUCGGGCCAAAUAAGAGCCGGCAAUUUAAAACCUUCCAACAGUGUUAAAAACGUAUUGACUAUGAUGCACGCAAAGUAUCGUUCGACGUUGAUUGAAUCGAAGAAAUUAAACGGUGCCGGACUGCUGCAGCGUGCUAAUGCAAGCAAUAUUACCGCCGAUAAAAUCAUAUUCGAAUUUGCUCUACAGAUGUGUCAGAUGGCUGCUGUGGAUGAGCUAUUCAACAAGCCGGCUGAUUGCUUCCCUCGAUAUCAAUCUGCCCACAUUUUGCUGCACUGGUUGGCCCAGAAAUCCAAACAUCCUCAGGACAAAAUUCUGCUAUCGAACUAUAAAGAAGCCGUCGAAAAGCGAUUGUACAUCCUCAAAGGGCAAGGCUACAUCUACACCACGGACGAGCUCUCCUGAAUGCCCUUUCGUGCACUAACGACUACGUACUACGUACAAUGAUAGUCUGCUUUCAUUAGGCUGAUCCAUUAAUAUUU